UGCUCUCACUUGAGACGCGCGCGCACACACACUUCUGAUCAGUCAGCAGGCUCCGGUCAGUGAGAGCUUGUGUGUAACGAGCUAGUGACUGACUGACUGCCAAGAUGGUCGCCGGCAGCUUUACCGAGGAGUGCGCGGUGGCAGUGUCGGCAGAGCUGCUCUGGAAGGUGGCCUUCGCCAGCACCAAGGCCGUCUUCCUGCCCAAGGCCUGCGCUGGCUUCAUCGAUUCCGUCGACAUCGAGGGCGGCGGCGGGCCCGGCAGCAUCACCACCAUGAAGCUUAACCCAGCCGUGGGUGAGGCGAAGGUGCUCAAGACCCGGCUGCUGGCGAAAGACGGCGCGGCGCGCACGCUGCGAACGGAGGUGCUGGAGGGCGGCAAGGUGAGCGCACAGCUCAAGUCGCAGGUGGCGGAGGUGCGGGUGGAGCCCGCUGGCGAGGACGCCUGCGUGGCCAAGUUCACGAUCGAGUACGAGCGGCUGGACGGCGCGCCGCUGUCGCCGGAGGACCAGGCGACGGUCGCGCAGGGCUACCUCGGCAUCGUCAAGAAGGUGGAGGCGUACCUCCUCGCGCACCCGGAGGAGUUCGUCUGAUCGAGCCCGAUCGACGCGCCGCAAGAGAAUUGCCGUCAGUGGUUACAAGAAAUCCGUAUUGCUCUUGUGAUCAUGGUGCCAUGCGUGUUUGGUGUGUAAUAAUAAUAGUAAUAAUCAGAGGAGUUGAUCCUUUGUGUGAGUUUGUGAGAAGAGUUUAUGCUGUAUGCUUGUGCUGUAUGAUCUUGUACAAGUGUUCAGUCCUCACGAGGGCAUCUUGCUUCAUUAAUAAAGAUCCAUAAUGUGUGGUCUGCA